AUGAGACAGUUUGGGUUGUUUCUUCUGUGCCUCCUUCUCAUCUCCAGGAAGGGCCUGCAGUCCAGUGGGUGGUCUGUUCACGUCCCAUCUGAUGUCACUGGUGAGCUUGGGAAGAUGGUUAUCCUGCCCUGCACCUUCACACACCCCUACAAAACAUUUGACAGGACUCUCACUGCCAUUUGGAGGAUCAAAGAACCUUACAAUGGCACAGUUGUGUUCAAGUGCAUUAGUCAGAGCACCAGCGAGCUCUGCAAGACUGCCAUCAGCUACAAAAACAAAUACAAACUGCUUGGCAACCCCUGGCAUAAAGACCUUUCCAUCAGGAUUGACAACCUGACCUGGAGCGACAGCGAGAGAUACUUCUGCAGGGUGGAGCUGUCUGGAGAUAUCCAUGACAAGUAUGAAAGUAGGAAUGGGAUAAAGCUGCAUUUGAUCGCUGCCCCCAGGAUCGUUAACAUUACCGUCAGCUCCAAUGGGGAUCACACGUUCCAAGCACGCUGCACUGCCGAGGGGGAGCCAGCCCCCACCCUGACCUGGACAGGACCACCCUAUAGCAACCUCAGCUCCAUUACCAGCACCAGUCACCGUGUCACCAGGGAGCUCCAGUACCUGACCCACGAUGGGAAAUACACCUGCACUGCUGUCAACAGCCACGGGAGAGCAGAGGGGACUGUGUACUUCUAUAGGUUCAGAUCAUCCAGCAGCUCCUUCCUCCUCAUCCUGAUCUUUGUGCCUCUGGGAAUUAAAGUGCUCAUUUUGCUGGUGAUAGUUAUCUUCACCGUUUUCUCUAGCGGAGGUGCCUCAGCUCAAUCCAGCCUGGCCCGGUCACAGCCACAAGACUCCACCUAUGAGAACUUUGACCGCAGACACAGCGGCGACCAGACUUUGCCAACACAAAGAAGAGCAUCGAGAUGCAGCUGA